AUGUGCCAGUGCACAUUUGAAUUAACUGCGGUGGUCACAUUCGCCGUCGCGUCUGUCGAGCGCACUCGGUGCCAAGGCGUCGCCGUCGACGACGACUCGCCCGUGACGUUCCUGCCUGAAUUUAAAAAAGGCGGCUGCAAGACGAUCGUCCAAGCUGGCAAACUUGGGCCCGUUGUUGCCUCGGAGAGUGGCUUUGUCCGUGGCGUCAUGGAAGCAUACAACAACCACCACGACCUCGUGCUCCGCCCCGACGACGUGUGGCUCGCGAUUCUCACGCAAUUCGGUCUGUACGUUGUCGCCAACGCGGACGAGCUCCGGCACUUGCUCGUGACGCACGACGGCCAGAAGGAGCUCACGAUCCGCUCCAAUGCGUCGCUGUGGACGGCCGACUUUGGUGCGUUCGCGACGCAGUGGGUCGACCUCAUGGACGACCACGUCGUGGACCCGAGCCUCAAGCACUGGUUGCUUCCGUCCUUCUCGACGACGACGGACCACGACGUGAUUGUCGCUAGCGUCGUGCUCAUGGCGACGAUGAAGAAGUACUUUAGCUACAAGUGUGGCUUUCUCUGCGGCAUUCCGCACGUGACACUGCUCGGCACCGUCGACGACUGGAAAGCCAUUCGCAACCGCCUCGACAAGCUCGCCGUGUAUGGGCCACGCAUGCAGGAGUGGACGACGCUCCUGGCGCCGAUCCUCGACCAGUUUGUUGCAUCGGCCACCGGCGAUGUCGAUGUGGCGUUCUGGAACAGCAUUUGCAGCCAUCACCAUGCCGGGUCGGGCACCGACUACAUCAGCGGCUGGCUCAGCGUCUUUUGUGUCUUCAACGACAAGGGCGAGUGGCAAGGAGACAAGCGAACGUUGUACGAGGUGCGAAUCAAGCCCGAUGUGGAUCUAUGCGCCUUGAAGCCUGGCGACUUUUUUUCCGAGGAAGUCACGCUGCCGUACCCCCUUGUCGACAGUGACUGUAUUCCGCCAGGAUACCUCACGGUCGACGUGACCCUCGACGACAAUGGGACGGAGCGCAAGGCACUCAUGUUUGCGGGUCACAUGGGCUACGGCAUCGGCGACGACAAGGCAUCGAUUGCACCGCGUGCGAGCUGGGCGAUCGUGCUCAAGGACGGCGAGGCCGCACCACCGACCGACGACGAAUUGUUCAUCACCAAAAUUUUGGAACAAUUUAAAGUUGCGUCGGCGGCCAACUUCAACCCAGAAGGGGACGCCAGCUAAUGCAUGCUGUUUUUCUUUGUCAAA